GAUUUUGCACAUUGAAAAAUUUCGUGUUUCGUUUGUGCAUCGAAGCUGUCGAAACGUCGAAAGCAAGGCCACAAGUAAACAAUUGCAGCUGAAAUAAUCUUUAAACUUUUAACUUACAUAUUGUCGCAAAGAAGAUUUUGUCGCUCUGAAACAUCAUGGAGCUGAACGAUGGAAACUUGCAGACGCUGUCUGGGUACUUGCUGCAGACAUUGUCACCGGAUGCCGCCAUCCGAAAACCUGCUGAAAAGUUUCUUGAAUCGGUUGAAGCUAAUAAAAACUACCCUCUGUUGCUGCUGCACCUGGUCAACAACCAAGAAAUCGACCUUAGCAUCAGGACUUCAGGUGCUAUUGCUUUCAAGAACUUUAUUAAAAGAAACUGGGAAAUACGUGAUGAUGAGGCAAACAAAAUUCACGAGGAGGACCGGCAGCAGGUGAAAGCUUACAUUGUGGACCUUAUGCUGGGAUCGCCAAGGAACAUUCAGAAGCAGCUGAGUGACGCUAUUUCCAUUAUUGGCAAGUUCGACUUCCCUAGCAAGUGGCAGGACCUGCUAACCAAACUUAGCGAGAAGUGUCAAAGCACUGACUUCAACAUCAUAAAUGGAGUGAUGCACACGGCGCAUUCGCUCUUUAAGAGAUACAGAUACGAGUUCAAGUCGCAGGAGCUGUGGAUAGAAAUUAAAUUUGUGCUUGAUGGAUUUGCCAAAACACUCACAGAACUAUUCUCGAAAACUGUUGAAUUGACUGCAAUGCAUAAAAGCAGCCCUGACGCUCUCAGGACACUUUACAGCACACUGACCAUUAUGUGCAAAGUGUUUCACUCUUUGAAUUACCAGGAUUUGCCUGAGCACUUUGAGGACAACAUUUCCCUUUGGAUGGGCCACUUCCACACACUUUUGAAUGUACAAGAACCCAGCUUAGAAACUGAAGGGGAUGAAGAGGUGGGCAUUAUGCAUGAGUUAAAGUCGGAGAUCUGUGACAACAUAGCGCUUUACGCUCGCAAGUACGAUGAGGAGUUUUGCUCCUACCUUCCAGGUUUUGUGACAGACAUUUGGAGUCUCCUGAUAGCAACAGGACCACAGCCAAAGUUUGACUUGCUUGUGAGCAAUGCACUGCAGUUCCUAGCGUCCGUUGCUGACCGGCACAACUACAGCAAGCUAUUUGAGGAUGCAAACGCUCUUAGCAGUAUCUGUGAGAAGGUGGUCAUUCCAAACAUGGAGUUCCGCGUGUCUGACGAGGAGCUGUUUGAGGACAAUCCAGAGGAGUACAUAAGGCGAGACAUUGAGGGCUCAGACGUGGACACUCGACGCAGGGCUGCCUGUGAUUUGGUCAGGGCUUUAUCACGCUACUUUGAGGCCAAGAUGACAGAGAUUUUUUCUAACUACGUGAUGGCAAUGCUGGCCAAGUAUGCUGAGCAGCCAAAUGCCAACUGGAAGUGCAAGGACUCGGCCAUCUACAUGGUCACUUCGCUGGCAGCCAAGGGCCAGACCCAGCGUUCUGGCAUCACUCAGAUAAACGAGCUUGUCGACCUCACUGACUUUUGCGCCAAGCAUAUUAUCCCUGAGCUGGACAAUCCUGAUGUAAACCAGCUGCCUGUGAUCAAGGCAGACUGCAUCAAAUACUUGAUGAUCUUCCGCAGUCAGAUGCCAGGCCAAGUCAUGCUUGGGGUUAUUCCUAAGCUUGUCAACCUGCUACGAGCCUCUCCUCCCGUUGUCCACAACUAUGCAGCCAUCACCAUUGAAAAAAUUCUCUUGCUCAGAGGCCCAGACAAUGUCGCCCUGGUGUCUAGUGAACUACUCGCCCCUGUGGCCAGUCAGCUCUUUGCCAAUUUGUUUGCUGUGACUAGCAUUGCUGGUGCUGAAGAAAACGAAUAUGCCAUGAAAGCUGUUAUGCGAAGUUUCUCAACUCUCCAAGACAAAGUGAUUCCAUUCUUGCCAGAGAUAUUGACAAAGUUGACAGAGCGGCUGGCUAUAACAGCUAAAAACCCAAGCAAGCCCCAUUUCAACCAUUACUUGUUUGAGACACUUAGCUUGGCCAUCAGGAUUGUGUGCAAGUCUAACCCCGAGGCUGUACCCAGCUUCGAGCAGGUGCUCUUUCCGAUCUUCCAGGAUAUUCUCCAGCAAGAUGUCCAGGAAUUUGUACCUUACGUAUUUCAACUGCUGUCGCUGCUACUGGAACUGCGACCACCAGGCAACAUUCCAGAGCCAUACAUGGCCCUGUUUCCUUGCCUGCUAAUGCCUGUGCUUUACGAGCGUCCUGGCAACAUUGGACCUCUUGUUCGUCUUCUGCAAGCUUUUAUCAGCAGAGGCGCCACGCAGAUCUCCGCCGAGCAGCUUCCACCCCUGCUGGGAAUAUUCCAAAAGCUGAUAGCGUCCAAAGCCAAUGAUCAUGAGGGUUUCUACCUAGUGCAAACCAUUCUUGAACACUUCCCCAUUUCUGCAAUGGAGCAGUACAUAAGGCAGAUCUUUUUGAUCCUCUUCCAGCGAUUGUCCUCCUCAAAGACGACCAAGUUCAUCAAGAAUUUCAUUGUCUUUCUGUGCUUAUUCUCUGUGAAGUAUGGCGCAAGCAGAUUGGUAGAGAUAGUUGAUGGUCUGCAGGCGCAAAUGUUUGGCAUGGUGUUGGAGCGGAUCAUUAUUCCUGACCUGCAAAAGGUCUCGGGGCAGAUGGAGAAGAAAAUUGCUUCUGCUGGUAUGGUUGCCAUCCUCUGCGAUUGCCCUCCGCUUGUUGAUGGAAAAUACUCUCAGUUUUGGGCCCCUGUGCUGGAAGCCCUUUUAAAACUAUUUGAGCUGCCGGAGGAUGAAAGUUUGCUGCCUGAUGACCACUUCAUUGAAGUAGAUGACACUCCAGGAUACCAGGCAGCCUACUCAAAGCUAGCCUUUGCGGGUGACAGGGUCCAGAGCAGUAUCCCAGAUAUCAACAACCCUCAAAUUCACCUGGCUAACUGUCUGCAAAAACUGACGCUGGUUUAUCCUGGUCGUUUAGGGCCAAUCAUCUCUCAAGGGCUGCAAGCAGAUGCCCAACUUGUACUCAACAGAUAUCUCCAACUGGCAAACGUGUCACUCAGUUAAACAAUGCAUUUCUUUACUUUGCACCAUAGGAUAACAGAAGAAAAGAGAAAUGAAAGACUUUUUCACACUG